UGCGCUGACGGCGCUGUUAUGAUUCUGUCACGAAGCGAUUUGAAUCGUUUGUGUUUUCGUGAGGUUGCGAAGAACGAAUUUUAUGGAAAAAUAGUCUGUUUUUGCAUAAUGGCAGCACAGCGAGCGCUUCCUCAAAGCAAGGAGGCUUUAUUGAAGUCUUACACGACAAGGUUAAAGGAUGAUGUGAAGUCUAUGCUGGAGAAUUUCGAAGAGAUUAUAAAACUAGCCAAAGGGGAAAGCGAUUCGCAGUUAUCUCGUAUGACACAAUGCGAACAGGAUACGUAUGAAAUGCAUGUCAGAGCAGCCAAUAUCGUACGUGCUGGGGAAUCUCUGAUGAAGCUAGUGUCGGACAUAAAGCAGUACCUGAUACUUAACGAUUUUCCUUCCGUGAACGAAGCUAUAGCACAAAAUAGCAAAUUGUUUAGAACGAAACAAGCGGAAUGCGACCAAAAAUUAGCUUCCUUAAGGGACGAUAUGGCUGCAGAUUUAUACGACUUAGAAGAAGAAUAUUACACUUCGAUAUAUAAAUAACAUUAGCUUUAGUUCCUCGAGACUGUACAAAAGCGUACUCGUCGGUUGGACCAUGCAUCGAUUUCAAACAACAAAAAGAAAAACCGUGAUUUGUCUGUUCAAUAAACUGUAUAUAUUUAUUUAAAUAAAUAAGAAUAGUUUUGAUAGUACAUUCCUAUUUCUUAAUUGGGAGCCUGACACGCGAGAAGAUAGACUUAACGACAAUGAUUCAGGCGUAAUUGUUUCACUUUUAUUACUUGAAUACUUUGUAUAACACACAGACGAUACAUCACACGAUACUUCUAAUUGGUAAGUAUACUCAAUAAGGUAAUGUAGAUUCAAGCUUCAGAUAAUAAUAACAAUAAUAAGAAUUAAUGAGAAUAAUAAUAAUAAGAAUUAAGAGUAAUAAGAAUGACCUUAUAAUAAUACUAUUUCCUCUUUAAUCAUUUUUUUUUUCUUUUACUUGAAUGACGAUGCCUUUUCCAUUAUAUACUGUACAGCGAUAAUUUACAGAAAUAGUACGGAGUUCCCUUCGACCGGAGCAGACAGAGAUUACAUCGACGGUUGAACGAACGACCACCCGUUGGGAUAACGAAAUAAACGCACGUCGUCAUAGUGAAAAUUUUUGGAAUGUUCCAUCUUCGUAAUCUCGUUUACUCCGUAUACGUGCUGCUGAAACGACAAACUGAGCUUCCGUCGACACGGUACUGUUCCAUCAACUAAUUGGGAAGCAGCGAUUUACGCGAUACAGAAGGAAAAGUAACAAAAAAUAUCACAGUGUAAAAUGCAACGCUGUGACACAGACUCAUCAAGUGUCGAUCGAACGUGGAAUUAACCCAUUGAUUGCCACUGUACAGCUGUUGUACAUUUCAUUAGGUA